UGCCUCCUCCCACAUGCCAGGUCACCCCAGCAUGGCCACCCAGAUGUUCGAGACCAGGGGGCACGCAGCCAUCUACCAGAAAUACAGGUUUGCACCAGGCAAAGAGCUGCAGCGAACCAUUCUCAGCUACCUGCGGGAGAAGAGGAUAAACCCUGCUGAACUGGUGGUGGAUGUUGGCUGUGGGUCUGGACAAGGCACCCGCUUCCUUGCAGAGCACUUCAAGAAAGUGGUGGGAAUGGACAUCAGCGAAGCACAGAUCCAGGAGGCCAGGGAGGGCCCCUCCAUGCCCAAUGUCUCCUACCUUGUGUGCCCUGCAGAGGAGCUGCCAUUCAAGGAUGCCUCAGUGGACCUCCUGACUUCAUUCACUGCUGCACAUUGGUUUGAUACUGAGAAGUUCAUGAGGGAAGCAGAGCGUGUGGUCAGGCCGGGGGGUUGCGUGGCCAUCAGCACCUACACCAUGGACAUGAGUCUGCGCUAUGGAAAGUGCUCUGAAAAACUGACCCAGGUCUUUAGGGAGUGCUGGGACCUGCUUCUGAAAUACUCGCAUCACAGAAUAAAACUUGUCUUGGAAGACUACAAAGAGAUCUUCGAGGCCUUGCCGUUCCCAGACAAGAAGAGAAUUACCGAUAUCUUUGAUAAAAUUCCCAUGACUGUCGCUGGUGCGGUGGGUUACUUAGAGUCAUCUUCUCCAUAUCAAGCCUUUAUGAAGAAUGACCCUGAAGCUGCAAAAUCCCUCCUCCAAGAGACAGAAAAGAGGAUGCUGGAGAUGAUGGGAGUUUCUUCUCGGGAGAUCCCAGUGGAGUUCUGGGUGAGGCACGUCUGUGUGCUGGGGUGCAAGGCACAAUGAGAGGAAACCCUUCUGAGCUGUGCUGGAAGGAAGGAAGGAAGGCAGGCAAAAGUGGGUUGUCUCCUAAUAGCCCACUUGGUGCCACUCUUAUUCCUUGGGAAGAUUAAUUCUGGGGGCUUAAGAUUUGGAGGUGUGGAAAGCAGAUAAGGGCUUAUGCCAGCUCUUGGGUUCCUGUCCAGCUUGGUCCUCCAGUCUCCCCAGGGCUGCACGGGAAGGGUCCUGUUUCAGACUGGUGGUUGGGCUGCACCCCAUCUCUGCAGACGA